CCUGGCCACACCUGCGAGCACCGACAGCUCAGCUCUGGCAGCAUGGCGGGCGCCAAAGGGCCCAGGGCCGUGGCCAUGCAGUUCCUCGCAGCGUUCCUCGCGAACGUCGUGGCCAUGAACACUGGAUACAUUGUCGGAUGGAGUGCUGUCUCUCUCCCCGUGCUGGAGAGCAACACGACGGAGCCGAGCGUGAACCCGCUGGACCGGCCGCUGACCAGGGACGAGUCAUCCUGGGUGGCUUCGCUGAUGGUCAUGGCCUCGAUGCCGGGCCCAGCAGUUUCCAGCGCCGUCAGCCGACGCUGGGGCUACAAGCUGGCCGGUUACCUGCUUGGCGCCUUCGACAUUCUGGCCGGCCUCACCGUCAUGUUUGCCCCGUCCUUUCCAGUGCUGCUACUGGGACGAGUGCUCACCGGGUUCGGCGCAGGCUGUUCGCCUGUGGUGUCCACCACGUACAUUUCCGAGGCAGCCCAGGAACACGUGCGAGGGUCGCUCGGCACCUUCUUUGCCCUGAUGUUCAACGCAGGGGUGCUGGUCGCCUACAUCGUCGGCGCCGUGGCUCCCUAUCGGAUCGUGUGCGCCGGCGCCGUAGUCCUCCCAGCACUCUACUUGUGCUCCUUCUUCUUCCUGCCAGAGUCUCCUCAGUACCUGCUCUCCAAAGGCAGAAGCGAAGAAGCAGCAGCGUCGCUGCGCUGGUUCCGUGCCGCCGGCCACGACGUCGACGCAGAGCUCAAGGCCCUACAGUCCACACUGAGUUCGGGGACGGUAGAAAAGGGGCACAAGCGGCUGUCCAUACCAGAGUUCUUCAAAGAUCGCGCUGCCCGCCGCGGCUUAAUCGCGCUCGUCGUGCUCAUCCUCAACCAGCAGCUGAGUGGCGGCAUGACCAUCCUCAACUACGUGGUCGAGAUGCUGUCGUCGACGGGCAACGGAGGCUCCGCCGCCUGGUCCGCCGUCGUGGUGGCGACCCUCCAGUUCGCAGCGACCUUCCUGUCUUCGGCGCUGGUGGACCGAGCCGGAAGGCGGCCUCUCCUCUUGGCCACCAACGCCGGCAUGGCUGCUUGCCUCACAGCCCUCGGCGGAUACUUCUUCGCCCAAGCCAGCGGCUACGACGUGGACCCCGUCUGGUGGCUGCCCGCCUCUGUCAUGUCCUUCUCGCUCGUGCUCGGCGCCAUCGGCAUCGGGUCUCUGCUCUUCGUAAUUCUGAACGAACUCUUCUCUCCGGACGCGCUACCCGUCGCCAUUUCUGUCGGACUCGCCCUGCAGACUGUUGCCACAACGGCGGUUUUGAAACUCUAUGUCGUGCUGGUCGUCUGGCUGCAGCCCUACGGAUGUUACUGGUUUUAUGCCGUCUCCUGCAUACUUAGCAACGUGUAUAUACUACUAUUUUUGCCAGAAACUAAAAAUCGCCCCAUAAAGGACAUUAUUUCUGAUCUAAGAGGUGAAUCGAAGAAAACUACGGCACAUAAACAUCGAUAUAAUCAGGUCGCUGCAGUCGAGAGCCAAACGUAAGCAGGAUAUUCUUAAUAGACAAUAAUCAGAAAUUUAGAUGCGGCGAACGAGUUAACAGCGGAUGUCGAAGCCGCUGUCCAGUGUACCUGAGCAACAGAUGUAGUCGUCUUCCUUGUACGUACGUGGGUCACUCCAAA